CUUGUCCUCGAUGGGGCUGCAUGGCCCGACUGUAGCUCGUCAAUUGCACCUUUUACCCAAUGUGAAUCCACUCGAGACCUUCAGUUUGCCUCCCCGUAUGGUUCGCCUGACCCACGUACACCCACAUUAGCACCACCACCCCCAUGCACCCCGGCCCAUAGAAAAUUGUGAAUCCCAAAUUGCCAGGAUGCGAAUCCUCCCUUGGACUGUGCGGGGCCCCAGAGUGAGAGUCUGGAGCAGAGAUUGCAAUCACCCCCCUUCCGGUUGGAUAGGAAGCCUAUAAAGACCUGCCCACCGCCGGUCCUGACCUUCUUGCACCUGCACCUCUCUGUCUGCCAUUCUCAUUCCAUCCCAUUCCCCCUCCUUCACCAUGGCCAAGUCUCAAUUCCAGGGCAAGGGCCUCUCUGGCAGGGCCUUACUUAUGGCCCAGAUUGCCUUCAUCGUGGCCCCAUCCUUUAUUUGCUUUGGGUAUAACCAGUCCGGACUGGGACCCCUCGCAACCUUGCAAAGCUGGGUGCACACCUUUCCGUCCAUUGAUACCGUGAACACCACAGGGGAACAGAAGUCGCAAAAUUCCACCAGCAAGGGCGCUGUGAUUGCCUCCUUCCAGAUCGGGGCUCUCAUUGGAGCCUUUUCGUGCAUGUUCAUCGGCGAUCGAUUGGGGCGGCGCAAAACGGUCUUCUUGGGUUCGAUCCUCACAAUCAUCGGCCAGGUCCUGCAGGUGUCCGCUUACCAGAUCGUGCAAUUUGUUAUCGGACGUCUCAUUCUGGGCGCGGGCGUGGGCCAGUUCAGUGUCGCCGUUCCCGUCUGGCUGGCCGAGUGCUCCGAAGCGAAGAAUCGUGGACGACAUGUGAUUCUGACCGGUGUCUUCAUGUGUCUGGGUUAUGCACUCUGUAAUUGGAUCGAUUUCGCCUUCACUUUCAUCCCCUACUCGACGCUGCAGUGGCGCAUUCCUCUCGCGCUCUCGUUCAUCCCAUCACUGAUGGUCGCGGGUAGUGUUUUCUUCCUCCCCGAGUCCCCCCGCUGGCUGGUCAGCGUCAACCGGACCAGCGAAGCUUUAGUUGCCCUGGCUGCCUACAAGGGCAUUGACGAACAAGAUGAGGCAAUCUCUGCGGAGAUUAGCGGAGUGCAGGCCUCUCUAGAGACGAGCACCAAGAAGGUUUCGCUGCUGGACAUUAUUCUGGUUCGCGGAGACGACCCCGAUCGCCUGCUGUACCGAUUCCUGCUCUGCUUCUUUCUGCAAUUCUUCCAGCAGAUGUGCGGUGGCAAUCUGAUCUCCGUCUAUGUCUCCACCAUCUUCGAAGAAAACCUUAACAUGAGCACCAACCUUGCGAAAAUCUUGGCUGCGUGCGCCAUGACAUGGAAGUUUCUCUGCUGCUUCAUUGCGUUCUACUGCAUUGACCGUCUCGGGCGCCGGACGGUCUUUAUCAUCAGCGGUACAGGCAUGUGCAUUUGUAUGACUGUGAUGGCCAUUAGUGCCAGCUUCCCCAAGUCCAAUCAAGGAGCGUCGAUCACUUCGGCCACGUUCAUCUUCCUGUUCAACUUCUUCUACCCGAUCGGCUUCCUGGGCGGCAAUUUUCUAUACUGUACUGAAGUAGCGCCGGUUCACCUGCGGACCGCGAUGAGCGCGGUGUCCACCGGCAACCACUGGCUGUGGAACUUUGUGGUGGUGAUGGUCACGCCCGUGGCGCUGGAUACGAUCGGAUACCGCUACUACGUGAUGUAUGCGGUCAUCUCGGCCUGCAUUCCUAUCAGUGUGGCGCUGUUCUACCCGGAGACGAUGAACCGAAAUCUUGAAUUACUCAACCAUGCUUUCCGGGAUGCGCCGUCUGCAUGGAAGAUCGUGUCGAUGGCGCGCAACUUGCCUCAGGGCGAGGUGACCGAGGCCGACCUUCAUCAACACGACAAGGAGAAGUCGGAGGGAUUCUUCGAACAGAAAGAAAGCGUUUGAGGACAACAUGGACCCGAUUCGGGAUUCAUGAGCGCUAUGACAAAGCUAGCGAUGUUCUUUGUUUUUGUGUAUGCGGCUUGUUGCAUUUGACCUUAUGUACAUAUGAUGAUCGUGCAUGGCAUACGGAUUGUAUGCUGCAAUGAGAUUUCCGCCCC